AUGCCGCGCGCCCAUCGUAACCUAUUUGGUAAUCGUUGCAUUCAAAAUCGACACAUCGACCCUGCUGAGCCUCCUUUCCGCCCCUGCUUCCCCUCCUUUCCCCCUCUUCCUUCCCCUCUUUUCCCUCCUACCUCCCCCCUGUACCCCCUCCUUUCCCCCCCUGCUUUUCCUCCUUCCCGCCCCUGUUUCUCCUCCUUUCCCCCCUUGCUUUCCCUCCAUCCCUCCCCUGCUUCCACUUUUUCCCCCCCUGCUUUUCCUCCUUCCCGCCCCUGUUUCCCCUCCUUUCCCCCCUUGCUUUCCCUCCAUCCCUCCCCUGCUUCCCCUUUUUCCCCCCCUGCUUUUCCUCCUUUCCGCCCCUGCUUCCCUUCCUUUCCCCCUCUUCCUUCCCCUCUUUUCCCUCCUACCUCCCCCCUGUACCCCCUCCUUUCCCCCCCUUCUUUUCCUCCUUUUUGCCCCUGCUUCCCCUCCUUUCCCCCACUUUCUUCCCCUCCUUUCCCCUAUUGCAUCCCUCUACCUUCCCAACACCCUUAUAUUCCUCACCAUCUGCCCUCUUCACCUUCGUUUUUCUCGGCCCUUCCAUCCCAUCCCUUUCGUCCCUUUCGUCUCCCUGCCAACACACCUGUCAAGAAACUGGCGUAUGCGCUGCCGGUGCAGGCACUGGCAGGGUGGGCCCUUCACGUCUCCAUUCCCUGCCUUCACAUCUCCACUCCCUGCCUUCACAUCUCCACUCCCUGCCUUCACAUCUCCACUCCCUGCCUUCACAUCUCCACUCCCUGCCUUCACAUCUCCACUCCCUGCCUUCACAUCUCCACUCCCUGCCUUCACAUCUCCACUCCCUGCCUUCACAUCUCCACUCCCUGCCUUCACAUCUCCACUCCCUGCCUUCACAUCUCCACUCCCUGCCUUCACCUCUCCACUCCCUGCCUUCACAUCUACACUCCCUGCCUUCACAUCUCCACUCCCUGCCUUCACAUCUCCACUCCCUGCCUUCACAUCUCCACUCCCUGCCUUCACAUCUCCACUCCCUGCCUUCACAUCUCCACUCCCUGCCUUCACAUCUCCACUCCCUGCCUUCACAUCUACACUCCCUGCCUUCACCUCUCCACUCCCUGCCUUCACAUCUACACUCCCUGCCUUCACCUCUCCACUCCCUGCCUUCACAUCUACACUCCCUGCCUUCACCUCUCCACUCCCUGCCUUCACAUCUACACUCCCUGA